GGUAGAGGGGGGUGGGGGGGAGUCAGAGCCCUUUUAUAGGUGCUCACGCAAACACCCUGACCAUUAGUGCAGAAACACACACGCAGCCUUCAAGACGCGAACAUCAUGGGUCCGCGAACACUCUCCUGCCUGCUGGUGAUGGCAUUCUUGGUGCCUGCCGUCUUCGCUCAAAGUACUUGCCUGGGCACGGACCCCUGCGUGGCAAACUGCAAGAACUGUUCCCCAAAUGAAAAGGUUCCUGACCCCGAGGACUGCCGCGGUUACUACAUGUGCAUUGAUGGUACGGCUGAAGACAAUUACUACCCCUUACCCUUCGACUGUGAUGACGGUGAAGUGUUCAAUUUCACCGAACGCGAGUGUGUGAAGGGAGAUUCCUGUGAGCCCUGCGGUACAACAACAGUGUCGGACUGUUCGUACGAGUGUCCCGGCCCAUUAACUACGAUUGCCCUGUUAUUCGAUGCCAUUGAGACUGACCCUGUGAGCAUCCCUUCCUUCUAUGACUGCAACAGCUACUACACAUGCAGUGAUGAUGGUCAGCCCGACGGAUCCGGGACCUGUGAACCUGAAACUCCAUUCUUCGACGGCGAGAAAUGCCAGACUGACGAGACGAAGUGCUGCCAUUGUCACGCGUACUGCUCAAAGGAAGACGACCCGGGUGUCAUUGCCGACCCACUGGACUGCCGCGGAUACUACCUCUGCACUACCGUCGAUGCGGGGACGGUGCCAACCACUCACGGCAAAUGUAAUGACGGAGAGUAUUUUGACACGAUUUUGGGUAAAUGCUCCGCCUCCGCCCCUUGUAUGACACAGUGCACGAAUGUGAUAGGUGCUGAUGGCUGCAUUGAGCCCUUCACCUGCCUGGAGAUCGGGUACUUUGCCAGGUGUCCGUUGGCUAAGCAGUGCACCCCAGAUUACUACCACUGCACAGAAGCUACCGGGGCGUACCAGGAGGCUCAGUCCUGUGGCAGCGGAACAGUCUUCCACCCUGACAGUCACAACUGCGUCACCAGUGAUAGAUGUCCCUAGGAGAGAGAGAGAGAGAGAGAGAGAGAGAGAAUAAAGGAAGAGGGGAAGAAAAUAAAAGAAAGUGAGAGAAAGGGCAACUGAAAUAUGUUAAAAAAAAAGAAAAAAAAUAGUUAGCGAGAGUUGACCUGGUAUCAGCGGGGACCAUGUUUCUUAAUGGUCCCUCCAAGCGAGAAAAAUGAGAAAAAAUCACCCCUCACACAAACCAUUUCAUAAUAUAUAUCAAAGCAUUUGUGAUCAGAUUAUGUAUCAUCUAUUUUGGGGGUUUAUAUCAUGGCACAAAUUUGGCCCGCUACAUGGCACAAAUUUGGGUCGCUGCUACACGGUGAAGCCACAAUGAAGACUCUGGUGCCUUAACCCGGUAGCAGCGACGGGCCAAAUUUGUGGCUUCACCGUGUAGCAGCGACGGGCCAAAUUUGUGGCUUUACCGUGUAGCAGCGACGGGCCAAAUUUGUGGCUUUACCGUGUAGCAGCGACGGGCCAAAUUUGUGGCUUGACCGUGUAGCAGCGACGGGCCAAAUUUGUGCCAUGAUUCAAACCCCCCAAAAUAGAUGAUACAUAAUCUGAUCACAAAUGCUUUGAUAUGUAUUAUGAAAUGGUUUGUGUGAGGGGUGAUUUUUUCUCAUUUUUCUCGCUUAGAGGGACCAUUAAGAAACAUGAUCCCUGCUGCUACCGGGUUAAAUCAUUGGCUAAGGUUAUUUGACUGUUUUCAUGUAACGGACUUUGAAUGCUUUGAAUUAUUGUUAUUAAUCAUCAUUACAGUCACCCCUCAAAUAGCACGGUUUUCAAUAGUUCGGUUUUGUUUCUAUGUGGAUUUUCUAAGAUUUUUUAGGAUUUUAAAAUUUCCCGACGAGCAGGAAGUAUUAAAAUCCUAAAAGAUCUUCUACAACAAUCUGUAUAAAACCGAACUAUUGAAAACUGUACUAUUUAAGAGAUGACUACAGCAUUGCCAAAGUAUCAAACUCAACGCAUUGUAUUUUCUGAACAAACAAACAUAUAGGAGUUUUAGCGCUAACUUAAAUUUUCCAUCGUAAUUUAUAUAAGUACGAGAGUUUGUGGCUCAAAAGUACAGACUAUGUGGUGAGUACGAUAAUUUGGCAACAAGAGAUGUGACUAUACUCUAUACUGGUUUUUAUAUUUCCUUGUUCGGCUCAUAACACCGGUAUUCUUUCCUGAUGGGGUGCAGAUGAGUGUUUUACAGCGGCGCCAUUCUCGCUUGGCUCGUGCUGCCCCGCUGAGCCCUACUUGGUACUCUGGGUUUUGCAAGAGUUUGGUCUGACACGAGGUCAUUGGGACGAUAUAGUGAUCUCAGCUUCUGGUCAGCUAAAGAAUGUUUGCCUUGUUAAUCAUUCUACAGGAAUAAAUAUAAAGUAUAUCAUCCAA